GCGACCACCUGAAAAACUGAAGGCAGGACUCAAAGCUUCACAUAACUUCUCGGCUUUUUAUCAGGGUAUUUCCUUUUGAGCUAAUAUUAAGAAACCUGCAGCGGAAAACAUCACCUAAUCGCCCGGGACAAGAAAAGAAUUCUUCAAGUGGAUUUUUCCCCUUUGAGCGUUGGUGCUGCUGAAUACAAGGGUUAUGGUUUACAUUUAGGCAUACUGGCCUGUUAGCAGUAGCAAAUUGUGCUAAAAUGCAGUCAGUCAAGCAAGAGAUGGAUUCUAGUGAGCCCUAUGGUGAAGAUGCUCUUGACCUGGCUGUGGCCUUACAAGGAGCCAACAGAGACAUGAUGGCCAACAACAUCUCUGCAGUGUCAUUCAAGUCUAAAAUCACCGGUCGCAGGAAAAGGGAGUUUAUCCCUGAGGAAAAGAAAGAUGUGCUUUAUUGGGAGAGGCGUCGCAAAAACAAUGAGGCGGCCAAACGUUCUCGGGAGAAGCGACGUAUCAAUGACAUGGUGCUUGAGAACAAGCUGAUGGUGCUGGGAGAAGAAAACGCUUCCCUCAAAGCCGAGCUGCUGUCACUGAAGUUGAAGUUUGGCCUGUUGAGCUCAGCAGCUUACGCCCAGGAAAUCCAGGCUCUACCCAGCUCCAGCAGUGCUGCUCUGUACCAGGAUUCAGUUCCAUGGAGUCUUGGUCUGGGUUCUACUGACCGGCAUCUGGAGCCUUUUCAAAUCCGCAGUAGCUGCAUAUCGGUCAUCAAGCACUCGCCCCACAGCCUGAUGUCGGACAUGCAUGAGGGACGUGCUGCAGCGCCGAGUGGCUUUAGGACCACUGAGGUCAAGCAGGAACCAGCAGAGAAUGGCAGCAGUCCUUAUGAACUCUACAGGAACUACAUGGCCAACCAUCUGCCUGGAGUCUACUCUCAGCCGUCUGCCUUUCUGCAGGUCACCAGCUCCUCCAGUAACUCACCCCAGAGCUCCGAGGACAGCAUUCUCAGCAAAUUGUCAGAUGGUGAAGAUGAGCAACAGGUUCCCAAAGGUUUUACUCCAUUUGUAGCCGAUCCAAGAAGUGUCAUUGUCUCUACACACAAAGUGCCAGACAGUAGUUCCUCAGCUUUGCCCCACAAACUGCGGCUCAAAACCAGAGCCAUCCAAAUCAAGAUGGAGGCUGUCGACCCACAGUAUGAGUCUCCUGAAAAGGUAGCAGCAGAGGGAGAGUGUUACCAGCCAAACGAGGACUCGCCAGAGUGCCCUCAGUCAUCCUUCUGCCCAUUAUCAGUGCAGGCCUCCAGCCUGCACAGGUGGACUCAACGUGCUGACCAUUGGCAUCCUGACAGCUGCGGUGAGACGCAGAGUGUUGCCUCAGAGCCGGCAGUGGUGGACGCAUCGGACGCACACGCUGAGGACUUGUACCAAAGGCAGAGCCUUACUGCGCUAAUGGCGAGCACGACCUCUCUAAACAGACUAAUCAGAACACGGCCAGACUUUAUGAUGGAGUCAGAUGAUGGCACCACUGAUUAUCUGCGGUCCUCCCACUGAGGUGUGUGUGAGUGAAUGAAACAUCUACAGCUGACUGGUUGUUGUUGGCCGUCUGGUGUCUGAACGCUGUCCUGCUCUUUGUUUUUGUUGGUUAAAAAAAAAACCCUCAGUAGCUGCUGCUGCUGGGUGUCAUGUUUUGUUUUUGUUGGUAUAUAAAAAAAAAAAACCCUCAGUUGUUGCUGCUGGGUGUCAUGUUUUGUUUUUGUUGGUAUAAAAAAAAAAAACACUCAGUUGUUGCUGCUGGGUGUCAUGUCGAGCCAAAGAUUUGUUGUCUUUGCUUUAAAGCAGAAAUCUGUUGUUGAAUAUUUUAUCAUUAUAUGUUUGGCGUGACGGUUUCACUUUUUUCUUUUUUUAUACAUUGACCGUGUGGUCUCGCUGGUCUUUCUCCUUAUAUCUGGUUAAUGUCCUCGUGGGUAGGGAUGGGUAUUGAUAAGAUUACAUCGAUACCAUUAACGAUCCGAUUCCCUUAUCGAUACCUCUGAUGAAUUUUCUGUGUACUAAAAGUAGGCUUUACAGGUUUUCUAUGUCAACUUUUUUAUUGAGUUUUAAAGUAAAUAAAUAUGAAAUUGGUCAGUGGAUCCUUAAACUGUGGACAUAAACUUUGCAUUGUGGAUCCUUGAUCUCUGGACAUAAAUAAAUAAAUAAAUAGAAAUAAAAUCUGUAGUUUUUGUCAAAAGCAUUUCCUUUCAGACAUUGGCAUGAAUGUCACACCAUAGCUCUGAGCUCUUGCACCUGGCUGUGCUGCAUGUCUGCAUCAAUUUAAUUCAUAAAGAAUGCAGUCUCAUUUUGGGAGGAAAAAAACGUUUUAGUCUAUUGUAGUUUAUUGUCAGUAUUACAAUGUUUGUAAAGAGGUGUCAUUUUAUUUAAAGCGCCGGUUCACUUUGAAGUUAUUAAUUCCGACCGGACACCAACUUGACUCGGCAGAGAGCGGAGCAGUGUUUGGAGCUGUGCCAAUAGAACGGAGGCUGAUUCUCAUUUCCUGACUGCAACAAGACAAGAGUCCCAGUUAUUGACUUUAUUUCACACAAAAGUGACUCACAAUUGACAUUUUAAUGGCUUUGAAAGUGGUUAAGAAAUGGAGUUGCUACUUCUGUGGAGCACCAAAUCAAAGAACCAGUGAAGCAGUGGAUUGAAGCAAUGCUUCAUUGGUUCAAGCUUCAAAUUGGAGUCACGCUGCAGAAGCGGUUGAUUACAGAGCCGCUGCAGCGUCUGCAAUCAACGUAGAGAAAUGAUCA